AUGGGUAGAAGAAAGAUUGAAAUCCAGCCCUUAACGGAUGACCGGAACAGAACGGUGACGUUUGUCAAGAGGAAGGCCGGUCUUUUCAAGAAGGCCCAUGAAUUGGCAGUACUUUGUCAAGUUGAAAUUGCUGUGAUCAUUGUAGGGAAUAAUAAUCGAGUGUAUGAAUUCAGUUCAGUAGAUACAAAGGAACUUUUACUGGCGUAUGAAAAGUCCCCCAAGAUACAAGAGUCCAAGGGACCGGAAAAUUAUGGGAAUUACAAGAAGAAAAAGAGAAUUAAUCCUAGCAAAUAUUCCAAUAUGGACGAUGAGAUAGAUGAUGGUGGAGAUGAGGAUAUGGAAAAUGAAUCUGAUUAUGACAGUGAUUCUCCUCCAACUAGAAAUAAUAAGCGGUCGUACAGUUCAGGAACUGGCAUGACCAAUACCGCCACUAAUACCAACUCCAACACGGGGCCUGUUACAACCGUCUCUGGUGCUACCAAUGCAUCCACCUCCAACAAUGGUAAGAAACGUCCACGUCCUCCUCCUUCACAUAUCUCGUUGAAUAACGUGCUGGGAUUCAACCCGGGCCAAUACGUCGACAAGAAGGCCCUGCCCUCGGUGGUUGUUCCAGCACAACAGCAACAACAACAACAACUACAACAACAAUCCAUGGUUUCUACAGGACUCAUUGCAGGUGGUGCGGGAGCUCCAACCCAGCAAAAUAACCCCACUGGGUCCAUGAAGGUACCGCCACCACCAAACUCUCAUCCUCCAAUACCAUCUCUCAAGAAGGAAGACACCCAUUUUGGUCACCAACGACCAGUGUUACGGGUACAGAUCCCAAUCGAUGCUAAGGCGAAUUCGGUAGAUAGUGCCAAGACUAUAACAGCCAUCGAUUCCACUAUUCACCAUCUUGCUCCCAACAACAAGAAUAGCAGCAGUGAUGAGCCCAUGCUGGCGGGAGUGGGGAGUAAUGGGAAGGAUUCCAAAGAUGAUUCAAAUAGUCUUGGAGGGAAUCUUCCCAACAUCAAUACGCCCAAAUUUUCAAGGUUUGGGACAUUCAAGUCUCCAGAUUCAAGAAAGUCUAUCACCGCUUUACCAUUACCAAUUCAAAACAAAUCACUGACUUCUUCCCCUUCAGGUGCAACAGCUCCACAACUUCCAAUAAAUGGAUUAUCCUCUUUCUAUGGGUCCAUGCCACAAUCAUCACCAUCAUCACAAUAUGCUCCAAAUUCGAUCUUACCGACGCCUGUUCUCAAUCAAGUUUUCAAUCAGCAGUACUUGAUCCAACAACAACAGCAACAACAACAACACCCACAUCAACAACAGCUUCAACAAUCCCAACAUUCCCAAGCAAGUUCUUCGGGAUCAAAUAUUGACAGUCAGACCCCAAACACGAAUCCAAAUACUCCGAAUCCGUACAAUGCCAAUGCCAAUAAUAAGUUUAGACCACCAUUUUUCACAGCACAGUCACAAGGACCUGGGAAUGGGGGUGAACAAACUCCGAUCUCGGGGCUCCCUUCACGAUAUGUCAAUGAUAUAUUCCCGUCUCCUUCCAACUUUUAUGCUUCUCAAGAUUGGCUCAACACUGCCACGGGUGUGACUCCUAUGCACAGUUCUAUGCCGCAAUACUUUGCCAAUGUGGCCCAAAGCUCGCUGUCAGUGCGACCAUCACUACAAAGCGCUAGUGGAGCUCCCUCCGGUGGUCAAGGGGCGUCUUGGCAACUGCAGCUGCAACCGCAACUGCAACUGCAACUGCAACAAUCUGGGACGUCUCAACCGGCUCCACUGCAAGCCCAGUCGCAACAACAACCCCAAUCAUCGUCGGAACAACAACAACAACAAGGCAAAGAAUUCCAAUCUCCCGUGCUGUACAUGGUUCCAUUCAAUUUGUCACAACAACAACAACAACAACAGAAAAAAAAGUGA